GCGAGCUGGAAUGAAAAAGUAGACCGUUCAAUCCAGUCACUGGAAUGAGUGCACUUUAGUGCAUUCCAGGGCCGGUUCUCAUAAUUCCCGUGAGAUUCUAGCACUGGUUUUAAUCACUGGACUGGAAUACUACUAGAAUAAUGUAAACUGGACAGAAGAGCUUAAGAUUGGACGGUUUGUCACUCGAGUACUACAUCAAAAAAAUGCGUGUACUGCCGAAAUUGUUUGAAUUUGGCUUUGGAGAAAGUUUGAGCCAAUGGAUAUGGGGGUAAUCAAAAACAUGAACGCGUUAUACAUAUUGAGAAAAACUGGUCAACUACAUACUUAGUAAAAUAAUAAUUAUAAAAAUCUAUUCAUAAGUUCCUCAACAGCUAAAGAGAUAAGUGCGAAAAUUUCAAUUCUGCAGAUAAUACAGUUUUCCGCCAACUGUUGGCACCAUACAAAAUAUCGAUUUUAAAGCUUUGGAGGUACCGGAAACCUUCGCCAUUCACAAGAAUGAUAAUGCGUUACAACAGUCUGUUAUAAAUACCAAACAAUUAAGAAUAGAAGAAGUUUUACCAUGUUAUGACGAACAUAAUAAGAUUCAGUGGACGAAAACGAUGACGAUAUUGAUGAUUUUCCACAUAUUCCCGUAAUGGAGAAUCCAGCAAAGAAAUGUAUAGUGGAAUUACAACGUUAUUUUAUACAAGAACGUAAUGAAGGGAUAUAUGUUAUAGAAAAUUAGCUGCUUAAUUGGCACAAACCGCCUUCAUCCAUACCAAAUAAGCAGAAACGACUGUAUUUAUUUUCUACCGCGCUUAAAUUAAAGUAUUUAUUAAUUUAAGUGUUGAUGGGAUGACUUGGUACUUAUAAGCCAAGAGACGACACAGGCAGUUACAAGAAUUAUAUGUUAAAAACAAGAUUAUACAGGAUGUCACAGAAUAACUGUUCCUAAUUUUCGGAAAUGUUAGAGGACACUGAACUCUUAACUUUUUUAUUAAUAAACUAGUGUCCGGCAAUAUCUUAUUGUCAAGAUAAACUAGAAUUCUUUAAUAACAAUCUCAAUUAUAACAGGAAAUAAUUAAAUAAUUAAGUUAAGGAAUAUUAUAAAAAUUACAAGGGAAUCCAUAAGUCUUCGAAAUAGCUGAGGACGUUCACGAAUAUCAUCAAAAGCUAAAAUAAUUCGAGAAACUAACUUUUCUUCUGUAUUAAUAGCUGUAUUAUAAAUUAGUAGUUUAAUAUGAUCUCAAAUACAAAAAUCAAGUGGUGUCAUAUCUCGGGAACGUAAAGGCCAUGUAAUCGGUCCCCUGCUCUGAUCCAUCUGAUUGAAAUUGUGCAUUUAGCGUGUUUCGGCGAUUUAAUCCAAAGCAUGCUGGUGCACCAUCAUGCUGGAAAACGAUAUUUCUUCAGUGGCAUAUUUCGGCAGUGGCAAAAAUGGAUUGGAGUUUAAUAUAUUCAAACUGGAUUGCAUCUCUACGCAAUCAUCUACAUAAUGUGGUUUACAGAUUGCAGUGUUGUUGAAAACACCAACAAUAACGUUUUGUAUUUAACCUAUUUUUUCACUAGAAGAUGUGAAAACGAAACCAUGCACAAUUUAGAGACAAGAAAUAUGGUAGUAACAAUAUUUAAUGAGCCAAUGAACAACAACGAACCAGAUAUAAGUGAUAUUUUAAAUAGUAUGAUUUUAAUUUAUAUGAUAUUGGAUUGUUUGUGGAUUGUGUCUUCUGUUGCUCUUUUAACUGCUACACUUCUUAAUAUAAAAGAACUUUGGGGUCUCUUUUUCUACCUACCGUGGAUUAUAAUCGCAACAAUAGUUCUCAUUUUCGAUACAUUUUGCUCAAUAUUCUUUGGAUUACAAAUCCCAAACGAUGGAAAUUUAUUUGAUUGGCUUAACUUGAUUGGAUUCGGCGUCAAUAUAUCAGAAAAUAUGAAAAAACUCGAAGGUGAUGUGUCAACUUUAGCUUCGGGUGCUGCAUCAAUAAUAAUGACUUUCGUCGCAAGUAGAGGAGUAAUAGUCUGGAUAAUAAACCUAGUUACAAUUAUUUACAUCAUAAAAAUCACCAUAAAAAUAUCGAAAAAGAAACCGCCAGAUCAGCCAUCAUCACAACGAAUAAGACACUCGCAAAGAUUCGCUUCUUUUACUACCGAAGAAAGGAUUAAAAAGUGGUAUCAAUUUUAUGAAUCAGAAGACAGUCAACAAACCACUUCAGAAUCAACAACUUCAACUUCGACAAGAAGUACUAGUAAUAAUCGUUUGGAAGCAGCCGAAGAAGAUGCUGGAUGUUCGAAAGUUAGCGGAAAUUCGAUAAAUCAAGGAGGAAACCAAAUCUCGUUGAAAUUUAUUUCAAAAAGUGUUCUUAGUCCAGACAGUAUAAAACGUAUCGAAAAACUUAAUUUGGGAGAGCUAAGGGGGCAAUUACCAUGGAGUUAUUUUAGUACUGAAAGUAGAGAUAUUAAUCCAGAAAGUACAUAUGUAAAAUUAUCCAAUGUAGAUGAAGGUGUUUCGAAAUUAUAACCUAAUCAAUCAACUACAAUUAAUUAUAAUUUAAAUAAUUUAUUUCUUUUAGUGUUAAUUUCGCCAGACGAGGCUGUUAUAGUGACCGUUUUAUUUAGUUUUUCUUUUGUAGAUUCUCUUUGUUAUCACAAUCUUAUUUUGUACAAAGAUUGUAUUUUAUUGUAUUAUAUCCAAUAAACGACUGUUCUACAUAAUUUUAUAGAAAAAUCUUAAAAAUACAAAUAUAUAUUAAUAUUAUUA